UUGUCGCUAUGUAAACAUAACCUCUAGAUUACAUUUUACUUGUUUUGUUUAUUAGUUUAAAAAAAUAAAUUAAAAUGAACAGAGGUGGUAGGCCACGGCACAACAGUUACAACGAAUUCUCUUUUAUAUUUAAAAAAGAAAAUGGCAAGAGUGUUGCUCUUUGCCAAGGAUGUAACCAAAUUUUAAAAAAUACAGCUAAAGAACGCUUAAAGUCCCAUCGAAAAAUCUGCAUUAUUCCGGAGAACGAAGAAAAUCAUCAGGAUCAUGAUGAAAUGGACGUGGAUUCAACGCGAAAUUCUGCAAUUACAAGGAUGUCAAUAAGUCUUGAUAACAUUGUUGAAAAAAUUCCACUGAAUAACAAUACGAUUGAUAAAUCGCUUAAUUUAGAUAUAAGUUCAACCAACGAACCAGAGUCUACAGUUAAUUCCAAUAAGGAACUUCGUUUUGCUUCCCCAUCUGUUUCGCGACAAAGAAAAAUCAAACCAUAUAUGGAUAGAAUCAAUAAAGCUGAAAAAACACAGAUCGAUGAAGGACUUUCUGAUUUAUUGUUUGGAUGUAACAUAGAUCCUAAUAUUGUGAAAUCAAUUUAUUUCAAGAAUUUUAUAAAACUAUUACGACCAGCUUAUAUUCCACCUAAUGCGGAAGACUUUUUGUCUUAUUUUUUGGAUGUGUCAUAUGAAAAAUUUCUAAAACGCUGUACAUUAAAUGCACUUACUGAGGGAGUAUUAUUUUUAAAUACAGUAACUCACGAAAAUACUAGCAGCAUUUUGUCAAUUACUAGAGAUUUCAAUGGGAAUACAACUUUUUUAAAAUCCUUUUCGACGACGGGCCCGGAUGAUAAAACUAUACUUGAACCUCAAGAAAUAAUUACACAGGCAAUUGAUAUAGCUAGGACUAAGUAUAAUUUGGAAAUAUGUGCAGUUCUGUCAAAAGAUGCGACAUCACUUGUGUACAAUAAUUCAAAAGUCUGGUUAUUAGUUUGUAACGUUACAUUUGCCAAUGAUGUUGGUAAUUCCAUUACAGACAUUAGUUUAUACAACAAUGCUUGCAAGAUUUAUAACGAAUGUCUAAAUAGGAAUUUGUUUGAAUAUCUUAAUUAUAAUGUUAUUGAGCUUUUAGAAUCGGAAAGCACAUUAUGGUUGGAACACUUUAAAACAUAUUUCUUUUAUAAAAAUAAUGUACAAGUUUUAAGAAAAAUUAUAGUCGAUUUGAAACAUAAGUUUAGUAAUGAUAUUACGAAACUAUUAUUCUGUGAUGUUUUUGAAACUGAAGUAACAGAAUUUUUGAAGUGUUAUGAACUACUCUCUGAUAUGAUCAAAAAGUUUGGUAGCAAGGAUUAUUCAAUAGCAGACUCAUGUGAGGAUUGGCUAAAUUUAAACUGCUCUGAAAACAUAUUAUUACUAUCUGGUAUUGAUCGUUUUUGGACUAAAAUAAAGCACCGAGUAUCUAUGACUGCAAAUUUUCUACAUCCUAAGUACAGAGGUCUGAAAUUAUGUAACGAAGAUAUAAAAGAAGUUAAUAACUUUUUUUUCGAAAAUCUUAGCAAUAUUGGAUUAGAUCAAGUAAUUCUGUAUAAAGAAAAGAAAAGCGUUUUUCGUUCACUUUUUGAAAAAAAUGUCGACUCCCCUAAAUCAUUUUGGGGCUUUGCAGAAUCAGAAUGUCAGGAAUUAGCAUUAUUUGCGAAAAAAAUAUUGCAAAUCCCAGCUUGUACAAUCGAAUUGAAAAGUAAAUUCCAUACACGAAGAAAUUUGUCAAAUGAAAAGUUUACAAAAUUAUCUAAUUUAUUUUACGAUCUCAGAAUCCGUGAUUCUGAACAACUGUCUACAUUGUGAAUUUGAGGCUUGACGACAUCUUAACUUUACCAAAUAUCAUUAUUCUUUUGUUAUUUAUUUAUAAUUAUUACUUUAAAAAUUAAAAACAAACAGAAAGUUGAGUUUUAUGUUAACUCUUUUAAU